AAGCUGAUGGCCCAUUCAUUCAGGAUUCUCCUCUCUGAAACUCUCAAGAGAGAACUAUAGAGAACUCUGAAAAAUGAAACUAAUGUAAGCACAAAGGAAUCAAUGUCGAUUUGGAAGAUCAUAACGAUCUUCAUGCUCUGAAACGAAAGAAUUUCCAAAUAAUAAAAUUUUCAAGGUAUUUAUUUGAUAAAACAUAUGACUCAGACCUGAAACGUUGCUUUCCGAAUCUUAGACUGUUGGAGGUUUCACUAUAUGUCCUGUUGUGUACUGAAAUCUAGUCGAUAUUGGACUGACUUCAAAAGCAAUAUAAAAGCAUAGCUGUGCACCUUGGUAGACAAACCACUGAGAAAUACAAACUAGGUCAAGUAUCUUCUGGUUUCUUCAGUUCUAUCCCUUUUCCUCCUGGAGCUGGUAUGUUUCUUUCCAGAUUUGUUUUUAUUGGGAACGUUUUGUUAUUGAAACGUCCCUCCUCUCCUCUUUGAUAAAAUUUUUGUGUGGUCUGGAUAGAGGACUGCUAUGUGGUUUUGGCAGUUUUCUUGGAAAUAUAUAUUGCUAGAUGAUUGUAUAGAUACCAAGAGUAAUUAAGUCAUAUAUUGUGCAUUUGUGCAAUAAAACCAGGUAAAUAGUUGGAACUCAUAAGGUAGCUAAACAUAUAGUGGAUUAGUAGUGUUUUUUCAUCAGCAAUCAUUGUAUUCUUUGGUACAUCAGAGGGAUGUUCAACUAUUCAGUUACUGAGUUGGUCUUACAGUUCUGUUCUUGAGAAAGAAUGGAUGUCAUCUGUAUUGUCUUGAAUGAUGCAUAACGUUUGGUCGUGUAAUUUUACAUCUUUUGAGCAUUCCAUGUGCAUUCCCUCCCUCCCUCUCCCUGUUUGCUUUUCCUGCUUUCAUUUCUUUGGAAUUCAUUUACAAACUUCUGCCCAGGGCAGCGUUUUGUUUAUGCCUCCGUGUUUUGUUUUGCAAUUUAAUAUGGCAUUCCACAUUUAGAGUCUGCACAAGCGAACGAGUCACGAUGGAAUUAGCAGACAGAACGAUUGGGCUGCUUUUGACAGUGACUAGUUUGUCUAUUUUCACAUAUUAUACCUUCUGGGUCAUCAUUCUGCCACUGGUUGAUACUGAUCAUUUUGUGCACAAAUAUUUUCUACCUCAAGAGUAUGCGAUUCUUAUUCCCGUAUUUGCUGGAAUGGCACUCAUCUGCUUGCUGAGCAUGUUUAUCGGAUAUGUGAUGCUCAAGUCCAAAAAGAAGAAGGCAUGAUACAGCUAUGCUAAGCCUGCUGCUAGCUGUUUGGAUUAUAUGAUAGUUCAUAAUUUUGCUCAACUCUUUGCCACUUGAACAGCUCGUGUCACAUAAAUUUUUCUCUAUUCAUGUGUUUACUAUGAUCUGAAAAUCCUAGAUGCCUUUCAGCCUUCUAGUAGUGAAAACAUAUAGACAACAAGCUCUAUUUUGUGUUUGUAGUUUAUUCUGUUGUCUUUAGAUAGAAAAGGGUAAAAGCCCCUGUCAUUAGCCUGUAUCUUGAUAAUUAUUAGAGGUCGAUGUUGUUGGGUUUUUAUCUAAUUAGAUAAGAGGUGUGAAUGGGAAAUGGAGGGAAAAGAAAAGUUUGAAGUUGUUUCCUUUACUAAUGUACUUUGUCCCUCAUCAGAAAAAGGAAAGAAAAUCUUUGUGCUUAUUUAGAGAAGCACAUCUUCUAGCUCUUAAAGAGUUAACAAGAAGUGGUGCCUCGCGCCGUCGCUUGCUAGGCUCGGUUUCGGCUUCGGUCAAUUGAUUUGAUUGAGAUUUUUUAGACCAAAUUUAUUUCCCGUUUUCUGUUAUAUAAUUUCUUUUCUAAUAUUUUUUCGCGGAAUUUUAAUUUAAAAUUCGCGGUUCCCAACGGUCAUUUUGAGUUUAAAAUUCGCUAACAGACUUCUGCCGAAAUGGUACCUCAUAUGAACAGGUACCUUCGCACCUAUUCAACCCAGACUGUUUGGCUAUAAAUUCAGAGGUUUUGCCUCAUUUUUUAGCAUCGAAAAUCUGCAAACUCUUCCCUCAUCUUUUGCAUUUCUGCAUUUUUAUUUUCAAAGCAAAAACAUAAGCAUCUGUAUGGUUUACUGUCGUUUGUUGAGUUCGACGAGGUUCUGUAAUUUCCAUUGCCGGUAUUACAGAAUAGUUGUUCCGUUCUAUCCUGGGAGGAAUUAAUCCAAUAACCUUGGGCAACAGUGAGGGGAUUAAAUUCCUUAAGGAAACACAGUUUUCUGUUGGGUUCGGAACAUUAUUCAUUUGAUUCUAUUUCUGUCUUUUGUUUCUGGUUUUGUUUUAUUUUGCACAAAUUAUAUUUUCGAAUACAGAAACUAACAUAUGCUUCCUCUUUGGUUGUGUAGUGGGGUAUCUUUUUCUACGUUAUUCAUGAUCCUGCAAUAAAGUUUACGAAUAGAAUGAGAGUUGUUGAACAAUGAUAUUUCAAGCAGUGCUGUUUAAAACCUGCAAACAGGUUCCCGAUCGCAAUACAAUGUUCAAGGUUAUCAGUAAAUGUUAAUUAUGGGAGAAUGGAGAUCACGUACAAUUGCCUUUUAAGUUACUUAGUUGUGCAAAUAUCUUUUACACCAUUGGUGCAUAUAAUUAAAACUCAAUUAUUGUUGACUGCAGGCCAAUACUCGUAAUCCAUAAAUUGCAACGUUGUAUUUCUCACGUCCAAAAGCAAUUGAUAGAUCUGAUUUCUUUGCAAAAAGAGAGAUUUUCACUCUCUCUGUUCAUUUUAUGUACAGUCCUUUGAUGAAACUACUUCUCAUCUAUUCCUAGAUGACUACCAAGUUUCAGUUAUUCUUCACUGCAAAUUGUAAACUGUUAAGUAAUCUUAAGGCAUCGCAUUCCAAAAGGACUGCCCUGCUCUAUCACACGGACGAGAAGAAGUACCCUUCUCCAAAGACUCCAAUGGAGGCAACUUAUGACUUGUGUAAAACACAAACCCAUCUUCUGUGUUUGAUUGUUCUUUAUUCUUCAUGUUUGGCUCGUCCUUUUCACUAGCAGUAGUGGUAGAAUUCUUCUCCACAAGCUCACGAUACAUGGAGGAGCGAAGCAGAAGGCUGAGAGCUGUAGGGGAAGACGACUUGUUGCACGGACUUAAGGGCAUUUUUCUUUCAAUAGGUUCUUGGCUCUGAGGAAUAGGGGGCAGAGUUUCUCUAGUUGUGGUAAAAUAAUUGGAGCUGAAAGGGAAUUUAGGAUCAUUUAUCGGGUUAAUCAUAUCGUUAGUGUUCAUUUGUAUAGCCUGAUUUUCUGAUCUUAUGUCUUGGAAUGACAUCUGAGAAUUGGCACCUGGUUUUAGCCAUCUAAUAUAGGUGCUUAAGUCAAAGUUAGUCACAGCAUUAAUCCCUCUGUAUUCAAUUGCAGCAAUGUCAUAAGCUCGAGCUGCUUCCUCUUGAGUACCUACAGAAAAACAAACACAAGAUUCGAGUUGGCAGCCUGUUUUAACAGUCUUGAUUUGAUCAGUGCUCAAAAUUAUGGGGUGAAAGUACUUACUGUAAGUACCUAAGUAGAGGUAUUUGUUACCGAAAACUCUUCCUAUUCUUGCUUCCCAUCUGCCAUUGUGAUGAUGCCUGAAAGUUAUAUCAGUUCAAUAUCUUUUGUUACUAAUGAUGAACAACAUAUGGUAAAGUUUUAUAACAGUGGCUUGACUAUCAAGGUGAAAUGAAUUUAUUCACCUUGCUACUCCUCUGUAUUUAGAUACACCCCGGGCGAAACCACUGCUUCUCCUGCAUUAGAACGGCAAAAACUCGGGGGGAGACCUUCUCCGUCUUUUCACACGUUUGGUCGUCUCUGAAAUGUCAUAAUCCACCAUGGAUAUGCUUCUUUUCCCAGGGCUCGCCAUCUCAGAUUUAACACUUGUAUUCAAAUCCAUUUCUGUUUCAAUUUCCAAAUAGAUAUGAACAAGUAAAGCUGAGUACUCUUCUAUCUUUUGCUUGACGCCUUCACACACAAAAUAGAAGCUGCUCUAUUCAGUAUAUAUAUGUAUGAAUCUUUUGUCU